AUUGGAUAAAAGAGGCCAAUUCACGUUGUUGUUAAUGCUGCAACUCACCUCCUCUUGAGAUGACUCAUAAUCGUCUACUACGUAACCUCAGGUCAUCGCGCCCUUUAUAUCUGCAUCUUAUCUUGUUUCGCCAAAGUUUCUGUCCCCUCUUUUCCCGCUCUCCUCUACUCUCCAGCAUCACAUCCAAGGUUGACAUCAAGCCCCCAUCAUGGCCAAUCAGAAGCAUGUCGUCUUCGACGUCGUCGGCACCUGUGUCUCAUUUGAUGCCUUCUACAAAGGCAUCGAUCGCGUCAUUGGCGAGAAGCUAGCCUCCAAGCACAUCACAGCCAAUGCCUUCGGCUACACUUGGAUGACAGCAGCCGAGCUGGAGUUCACCUUCCUCUCCGUCUCUGAGCGCCACCGUCCCUACAAAGAAGUUCUGCGCACCUUGUUCUACCGCACGCUCUUCAUGGUUGGCGUUGCGGAGCCAAGAAAACUCGUCACGGACGAAGAAAGGGACGCCUGUGUCCUGGCUUAUUCGGACCUCGAGUUGCGACCCGGAGCCGCAGAGUGCUUUCAAAUAUUGAGAGACGCAGGCUUCACAGUGUGGUGUUUGACAACGGGCGAUGUCAAGCGUGUGGGUGGAUACUUUGAGCGCGCUGGCGUUGAGAUGCCGCUCGAGAAUCUCAUCAGCUGCGACGGACAGGGCGUGGCCAAACCAGCGUUGGCUGCGUACAGGCCAACUCUAGCUCAAUUCGCACCCGAUGAUAUCAAGUGGUUCGCUGCUGCUCACAUGUGGGACGUAUCAGCUGCAGUCAAGGUUGGCUUCCGAGGUGCUUACUGCACUAUAUACGAACAGGAUCCUUGCGCUGAGAUCUUUGAUACCAAGAUGGAGGUUAUAGCUGAUACACUACCAGACAUGGCAAAGGGGAUUGUAAAGGGAUCGCUUUAGUUCUUGACCGUUUCAAACAAGCUCGAUUAAUCUCGUUUUAAUUUAAUUCGCUUGCACUGCCUAGCUUCCUCCAUGAGGUCCUGUAAUGAACCGCCCCAGUAUUUCCGUCUCUGAUUGAGUAAGCCAUCCAUCAGUCGGAGAGAGAUUUUCGGUACCAAAGACGGGCAGUUGGAGUAGAGGAUCAGCCAUAGGGUCAUAAGCGCUGAAAAAGUCCAUGCUGGACAGGGCCUGGAAGUCAACGGGCCAGCCAGACACGGAGUCUAUCUCCGCUUGACCACCUGAGGCAUUCGAAGCCGCUGGUGUAGUGGCAUCGAGCCCAUUCUUGCCUGCCAAGGUGGCUCCCCAGCUGCGGAAUGCUUCGUAUGCCGAAUCAGCGUACACUUGGUCUUGGCUGCUGCCCACGUCGCUCGGUCGUGUUCCAGCGUGCAGACGCGCGAGAGCACGUUCAAGGGACUCGAUCAAGGCAAUUUCAGAGCGCGCCGACUCUCCCACAGCAGACAUUUCCCGUAUCAUAUCCAAUCCCUCACAUAACGUCUUGCGGAACUGGUCAGAGAGAUUGCGGAUCGAGUAGGCAAUCAGCACCAGCAGCGAUGCUCGACACGCACUGUAUUCGGAAUACGAGGCCCGAGCGAGACCCAUCCCGCUCGACCGCAGCUGCCGACAAAUAUCGAGGGCUUCCGUUGCCGCUUUGAUGCAGUCGCUUAUCAGCUCCUCUCGGCUAGUCACGAGCUUCGAGGCACUUCUUUCGUUGGUGCCGGGACUGCUUUCGGGGACGGACGGGCUUGUCGCAAUAUCUUUGGUAUCUUUCUUCAAUAGAAAUGGUCUCCCG